AUGCGGGAGGUGUGCGCCGGCUGCGACACCCCCAUCUCCGACCGCUUCCUCCUGCGAGUCAACGAGCGCUCCUGGCACGAAGGCUGCGUGAAAUGCGCCGUCUGCCUGCAGCCGCUCUCCGGGACCUGCUACUGCCGGAACCGGCAGCACAUCUCGACUACGAGAAGUAAGCUGUUCCAGACCAAGUGCAGCAGCUGCUUGAAGGCGAUCGCCCCUUCCGAGCUCAUCAUGCGGGUGCUGGAGAACGUCUACCACGUCCACUGCUUCUACUGCUGCGAGUGCGAGCGACGUCUGCAGCGGGGAGACGAGUUUGUGCUCAAAGAGGGACAGCUGCUGUGCCGCAGCGACUAUGAGAAGGAGAAGGAGAUGCUCAGCGCUAUCAGCCCAGCACCCACUGAGUCUGUGAAAAGCGAGGAUGAAGACGGCAGCCACUCGCACGGCAAAGGCAGCGAGGAGAGCAAAGACCACAAGCGCUCCAAACGCCCGCGCACCAUCCUUACCACGCAGCAGCGUCGGGCAUUCAAGGCUUCGUUCGAGGUUUCCUCCAAACCUUGCAGAAAGGUGAGAGAGACCCUGGCAGCUGAGACGGGCUUGACCGUGCGGGUGGUGCAGGUCUGGUUCCAGAACCAAAGAGCCAAGAUGAAGAAAAUUGCUCGCAGGCAACAACAACAGCAGCAGCAACAGCAGGAGCAAGACCAGCUGGGCAACCCUCGCUUAGGGACCGGGAGAGGGACCGGUCGCAACAGCAGGCAGAGCAACGAUGACAGCGAAGACGGCGCGAGCGUUCACGGCCUGGAUGGGCUCAUGGUCCCCUACCCCAGGAUCCCCCAGCAGCAGCUGCUGCCCCUGGAUCAGAAUGGCUACAGCACAGAUUUGUACAGACAAGGGCUGACGCCGCCCCAGCUGCCGGGAGACCACCUGCACCCCUACGACUCAGAAGGAGUUUUUCACGACAUGGACAGUGACAGCAUCAGCCACCUGGGAGACUGCCUGCUGUCCACAGCUGAAGCCAACCUCCUCCAAGCCCGCGUGGGCAACCCCAUUGACCGACUCUACUCCAUGCAGAGCUCCUACUUCACGUCCUGA